CGUUGUGCAUAAACAUUUGAUUUGAAACUUUUUAGCGGUGAAGUACUAUAACAGUUUUUAUAAAUAAAUCAUUAUUAAUUGUUUUUGUUUGGUAAGUUAGGCUCAAAUUAAACGAUGAACUCUUUUAAUGAGGAGUCUCUUCAAAAAUUAUCUAACUCUGAACUAAAGAAAGAAGCCAAAAGAAAAGGGGUCAAAGUUAAUAUGACGGCUGAAAAAGUUAUUGCUUCACUGUUGGAGAAAUCUAAUGCUGGUGAAGAUAGUUUUGUUGCUAUGGAACGAAGUAUUUUGAAUUCUUGUAAAAAGAAUAAGGAGGCGCUUUUUGAUAGAGAUAGCCAAAUAUUGAGUGAGACUCCCAAAAGAGACACAUAUAUUGUUGAUACUCCUUCAUUAAACAUUCAGGCUAUCACUACUUCGAUGAUUAUGGCGUCUGCAUCACCAGAGCUGAAACAAUCUAAGGACGAAUCUUUAAAUGUCACUAUAAAUCGUGGGUCUGAAAGAAAGAAUCGAAAGUCCAAGAGAAAAGUCAGUUUUGUGACACCUCUUCGACGAAGUACUAGACUAAGUGUUGCAACUCCUCAAUAUAACAGUGUUAAAGGCAGACCAAAAACUCCAAUGCCAUCUCGACUGUCAUCAGCAAAGAAGCGUUUGUCUGUGACCAGUGAAGGAACAGAUUCCAUUUCUUGCAACUUAAAUUUAGACAUUUCUGAAAUGUCAUGCACUAAGAAAACAAGUGUUGGAAAGGUAAGACGACCUUCCACACCUAUGCCCUUUUCCAAGCAAAAAGGAAAGAAAUCAAACUCUUUUGGUGAUCCUCAUGAUUCCCUUAAACGACGCUUACGUCCUAGUCCGAGGAUAGUUCUUCGCAGACUUAAGGAGGAGGAUUUAAAGAAAUUUUCUGCUAAAUCCACAACUGCCACCCCGAUCGCCCUGCCAGAUAUCAAAAGGACACCAUGUGCCAAUGAAAAUGCUGAAGCUACACCAAUGCCAUCUUCAAAUAAAGCUUCUGUUUUGACUACUGAAAGUAAUGUUGAAGUUACACCAAAUAAAGUUGCUGCUUUGCCUCCAGGAUUUAAAAAGAUGGUUACUCCAUUUCCAGCAAGUGACAAGCCCAAAUCCAUCUCCUCAGUCCACAGAAGCAACCAGAAGACACCUCGACCCCAAUCUUCAAAAUCUAAUGCUCUUACUCCAGGCUUCAAAAAGACUCCUUUUUCAUCAUCCACAAAGACAAACACCCCAAGAUCUUUGAUAAAAUCAGCAUUGACCCCUGGACUUACUUCUAGUGCAGUGAGAAAAUCACCUAGAUCCAACAUUAAAUCAACUCCGACAUCUAAACUUACAUCCAGCGCUGUGAAGAAAACUCCUAAUUUCAGUAAGUUGCAUCAGAGAGCUUUUGAAAAAAUGGAAUCAAUUUCUGAUUAUCAUCAAAGAAAAAUAACAUAUUCGCAGAAGAAAAAGGACGAACAAAAUAAGAUUCUAAAAGCAAAUUCCAAUGUUUCAAAGCCAAUGAAGGCUUCAAUGGAUACGAAAUUAAAGAAGACAUCAAAAGUAUUUAGUGGCAUUUCUUUCAUACCCUCUGCUGCUACUACAAAACCAUUGAGGAAGUCUGAUCUCAAAAUGAAAAUCGAAGCUAAGAAAACUACUAAGGCAACGAAAGGUAUAAAUGGAAAGUUUCUAGCUAAAGCAGGUAAAGUGAAAGCAAUCAAAUCUGCGUCUAUUGAAAAUACUCCACUGAUGCAGAGGCGCAAGUUUGAUCUUAGAGCAAGUCUUGCUAGGAAGCUGCCCUACAAACCUCACUCUGGACCCCUGAGACCAUUAAAUGAAAUAAAUUUGAACAGUACUGUUGCUAAUACUUCAGUGCGUGCUGCACAGAAGGUUGAAACAAAAAAUGUAGUUUUGGCUAAAGCUAGGGCUCAAUCCAGAGAAGUCUUGCACGGUGUACGAAAAAAUAAAAGAUUCAUGCUGCAAAUGAAUAAUCGCAAUCUUAAUGUCAGCAAUGUGUAGUGUUCUGUUUCAUUGUAGAUUUUGUGAACAUAUUUUUCAAGUUGUAAUUAGCAAGCUGAAUUCGAUUUCUUUUGUAAUCGCUUUUGUGUCAUAUUUUACUACUGUAUUUAAAGUGGCAUUAGCUGUGUAGAUUUAGUAGAGUAACACAUGUUUGAUCUUUGUACUUUGCUUAUAUUUUAACUUCUUUAUAUAGUAUUUUUCUGUUGUUGGGAAACUUACGGAAAAAAAACUGUGUCAUAAACUUUUUUAAUUUGCUUUUAUGUAAUACCUAGAGCAAAUAUUACCAGUUUCUUGGAAAAGUUUUGUAUAUAUUUUCAAUAAAAAUAUGUAUGGCUU